CUCUCUCUCUCUCUCGGUAUCACUGCAGAGCUGAGCUGCAGGGGCAGCAGAGGCAGAGAGAAGAGAGAGCUCUAACUCCCGAUCAGUGAGACACAGACAGACAGACAGACAGGCAGACAGAGAGACAGGCACACAGACACACCGCCGGACCAUCAUGGACUGGAUCAGGACAGAGAACCCCGUCUCCGGAUGAGACAGGACCGCCUGGCUUCUGUUUUUUGGGGGGACUUUGCUAUAGAUACGUGGAAUAACCGACAACCCAUUGGGAGAUUUAACCCCGUGCUACCCGUGAUGGAAUAUUUACACUCUUCUCAUUUUCUAGAUUUCCUCGUCUUCUCUUCCUCCCCCUUCUCUUCCUCCACCACCUCCACCUCCUCUUCUUCAUCAUCUCACAUUUUGACACGUUGCUGAAGAUGCGCACGAAUGCGUCUUUUGCGCACUUCCAUUGCGACCGCCACUGACAGCCCCCGUGCUUUAUAACCUUUUGAAACCUUUUUUUUUUUAAGAACCGACAAGGGAGAGGGGAGAAGGAAAGAGAGAGAGGGAGCCGAGCGAGCGAGGUGUGAAUUGAAUUGAACGCGGUGCUGGUCUCAUGUUUCUCGCCUAGGGCCCGGAUGUACCGAGAGAUGCACCGGUGCGUUUUCCCAACCGGUUCCGCCGAAAGCUCUCUCUUUUUUCUCGCCUUCACCUCCAUCAUGGGGAUUAGGUAAUAUUCACUCCAUCCGAAGAAACCCUCCCCAUAAAUAAGAAUAACGGAAUACCCCAAAACUGUCCGCUUCAGACAGUUCUUUCUUCUUUUUUCCCCUUUUUUAAUUUCUUUAUUUUUGGGGGGCUUUUUUCCCCCUCUUGUUAUUUUCCCUCCUCCUCUCCAGUUUUUUCCUCUCUCGCUCUCUCUCUCUCUUCCAUUCACCCAUAGGGAUAACGCCGGACUACAUUUAUGGUAAAUGAAAGCAAAAACAUGUACAUCCCGGAGGACACCCUUGAGAACCAUCAAGGCUCCGACUACUCUCCCCCUGCCCCGCUUCCUCGCCCUCCUCCCCCCGGCCUGACCAACGAGCACAGUGGCAGUGGUAGCCACAGCGACCAUGAUGGAGGAGGGGGCGGGGUCAACCACGGGGUCGGCAUUGUGGGCCUGGCCCCGGAGCACAUCCCCACACCGGGGGCGGCCCUGAGCUGGCAGGCGGCCAUCGACGCCGCGCGGCAGGCGAAGAUGAUGGGCAAUGCCGCAUCGAGCGGAGGGGCGGGGCUUGGGUCGGGAGGGGGCGGGCCCAUAUCCACGGCCAGCUCCACGCAAAGGAAGAGACAACACUAUAGCUCCAAGCCCAAGAAACAGACAACGACGACAGCCACAAGGCCGCCACGGGCCCUACUCUGUCUCACACUCAAGAACCCCAUCCGCAGGGCCUGCAUCAGCAUCGUAGAAUGGAAACCAUUUGAGAUCAUCAUCCUGAUGACCAUUUUCGCCAACUGUGUGGCCUUAGCUGUCUACAUCCCCUUCCCCGAGGAUGACUCGAACGCCACCAACUCCAACCUGGAGCGUGUGGAGUAUCUGUUCCUCAUCAUUUUCACGGUAGAGGCAUUCCUGAAGGUAAUAGCCUACGGUCUGCUCUUCCACCCAAAUGCCUAUCUGAGGAACGGCUGGAAUCUGCUGGACUUCAUCAUCGUAGUCGUAGGGUUAUUCAGUGCGAUCUUGGAGCAGGCCACCAAGGGGGAUGGCGCCACUCCUAUUGGAGGGAAGGCAGCAGGCUUCGAUGUCAAGGCUCUGAGAGCUUUCAGAGUACUCAGACCCCUCAGACUGGUCUCUGGAGUACCCAGUUUACAGGUAGUGUUGAACUCCAUAAUCAAAGCCAUGGUUCCUCUGCUCCACAUCGCCCUGCUGGUCCUCUUCGUCAUCAUCAUCUACGCCAUCAUCGGCCUGGAGCUCUUCAUGGGCAAGAUGCACAAGACCUGCCGUUACGAGCAUAUAGGCACCAAAGCGGAAGAAAAGCCGGCACCGUGUGCACCUGACGGAGCUUAUGGUCGGCACUGUAUGCAAAAUGGAACUGAGUGCAAAGGGGGAUGGGAGGGCCCAAACGACGGAAUCACCAACUUUGACAACUUUGCCUUUGCCAUGUUGACGGUUUUCCAGUGUAUAACCAUGGAGGGCUGGACGGACGUGCUGUACUGGAUGCAGGAUGCUAUGGGCUAUGAGCUGCCAUGGGUCUAUUUUGUCUCUCUCGUCAUCUUCGGCUCCUUUUUCGUUCUCAAUCUCGUUCUGGGGGUGUUGAGCGGAGAGUUUUCCAAGGAGAGGGAGAAGGCCAAGGCACGUGGUGACUUCCAGAAACUCAGAGAAAAACAGCAACUAGAGGAGGACCUCAAGGGCUAUUUAGACUGGAUCACUCAGGCUGAAGACAUUGACCCAGAGAAUGAAGAGGAGGGCAUGGACGAUGACAAACCUAGAAACCGAGUGUCUCCAGCCCACCUGGGUAAGAAGACCAGUAAGCUUGCCUGGUUCAGUCACUCUACUGACUCUCAGGACGUGAGCAUGCCGGCCAGUGAGAAUGAAUCAGUCAACACAGACAACGCCCCCGGGGGAGACGUGGAGGGGGAGACCUGCUGUACCCGGCUAGCAAAUAGGAUCUCCAAAUCCAAGUUCAGUCGAUACUCUCGGAGGUGGAACAGGCUGUGUAGGAGGAAGUGCCGGGCAGCGGUCAAAUCACAGGUUUUCUAUUGGCUGGUCAUCUUCCUGGUUUUCCUCAACACUCUGACCAUCGCCUCUGAACAUCACCAGCAGCCUCAGUGGCUAACCGAUGUACAAGACAUAGCCAACAAGGUGUUGCUAGCACUCUUCACUGGUGAGAUGCUGUUGAAGAUGUACAGUCUGGGUCUGCAGGCAUACUUUGUUUCGCUCUUCAAUCGCUUUGACAGUUUCGUAGUAUGUGGAGGAAUUCUUGAGACCAUUCUGGUGGAAACCAAGAUCAUGUCUCCUCUCGGCAUCUCUGUGUUACGUUGCGUACGCUUGCUGCGAAUCUUUAAAAUAACCAGAUACUGGAACUCCUUGUCCAACUUGGUGGCCUCCCUGCUAAACUCUGUUCGCUCCAUCGCUUCCCUGCUGCUCCUGCUCUUCCUUUUCAUCAUCAUCUUCUCCCUGCUCGGUAUGCAGCUGUUCGGGGGAAAAUUCAACUUCGACGAGACCCGACGUAGCACCUUUGACAACUUUCCCCAGUCUCUGCUCACUGUGUUUCAGAUCCUAACAGGGGAGGACUGGAACUCUGUGAUGUAUGAUGGUAUCAUGGCAUACGGUGGACCGUCCUUUCCCGGGAUGCUGGUCUGCAUCUACUUCAUCAUCCUCUUCAUCUGUGGAAACUAUAUCCUCCUGAAUGUCUUCUUGGCCAUCGCUGUGGACAAUCUGGCAGACGCUGAGAGCUUGACAUCCGCACAGAAAGAAGAGGAAGAGGAGAAGGAAAGGAAAAAACUGGCCAGGUUGGCCAGUCCAGAGAAGCGCCAUAACAACGAGAAGCCGCCUCUGGAGGAGGAGAAGAAGGAGAAGAUAGAGCUGAAGUCCAUCACUUCUGAUGGAGAGACCAACACUGCUACUAAGAUUAACAUGGAUGAGUACUGUGGAGAUGAGAGUGAAGAGAAGAACCCAUAUCCUGCCAAUGAUUACAUAGGAGACGAUGACGACGAUGAGCCAGAGAUGCCAGUAGGCCCUAGGCCACGGCCACUCUCCGACAUUCAGCUGAAGGAGAAGGCCAUUCCCAUGCCCGAGGCCCGCGCUUUCUUCAUCUUCAGCCACACCAACAAAUUCAGGGUUCUGUGCCAUAAGAUCGUCAACCACAACAUCUUCACCAACCUCAUCCUCUUCUUCAUCCUGCUCAGCAGCAUCAGUCUGGCAGCUGAGGACCCGGUCAAAAAUGACUCUUUCAGAAACCAGAUCCUGGGCUAUGCAGACCAUGUCUUUACUGGACUCUUCACCAUAGAGAUCAUUCUUAAGAUGACAGCCUAUGGAGCCUUCCUCCAUAAAGGGUCAUUCUGUAGAAACUAUUUCAAUAUUCUGGACCUGGUGGUGGUCAGUGUGUCCCUCAUCUCGUCUGGGAUACAGUCCAGUGCAAUUAAUGUGGUGAAGAUCCUGAGAGUUCUCCGAGUGCUCAGACCUCUGAGGGCCAUCAACAGAGCCAAGGGACUAAAGCAUGUCGUGCAGUGUGUGUUUGUGGCCAUCAGGACCAUCGGCAACAUUGUCAUCGUCACCACGUUGCUGCAGUUCAUGUUCGCCUGUAUUGGAGUACAACUCUUUAAGGGCAAGUUCUUCUCCUGUACCGACAGCUCUAAACAAACUCAGGCAGAUUGCAGAGGUUCCUACAUUAUGUACAAGGACGGUGAUGUGGGGAAGCCUGAAAGAGCCCAGAGAUUGUGGGAGAACAGUGACUUUAACUUUGACAAUGUCCUCCAAGGCAUGAUGGCCCUAUUUGCUGUGUCUACCUUUGAGGGCUGGCCAGGGCUACUGUACCGAGCCAUAGACUCUCAUGCUGAGGACGUCGGGCCCAUCUACAACUACCGCGUAGUCAUCUCCAUCUUCUUCAUCAUCUACAUCAUCAUCAUCGCCUUCUUCAUGAUGAACAUCUUCGUCGGUUUCGUCAUUGUCACAUUCCAAGAGCAAGGAGAGCAAGAAUAUAAGAACUGUGAGCUGGACAAGAACCAGCGUCAGUGUGUGGAGUAUGCUUUGAAGGCACGUCCAUUGCGACGCUACAUCCCCAAGAACCCCUACCAGUACAAGGUGUGGUAUGUGGUCAAUUCCACCUACUUUGAGUACCUGAUGUUCACACUCAUCCUUCUCAACACCAUCUGUCUGGCCAUGCAGCAUCAUGGUCAGACCAUAAAUUUCAACGAUGCCAUGAACAUCCUCAACAUGCUCUUCACCGGACUCUUCACUGUGGAGAUGAUCCUUAAACUGAUCGCCUUCAAACCCAGGGGGUACUUUAGUGAUCCCUGGAAUGUGUUUGAUUUCCUCAUCGUAAUUGGCAGCAUAAUAGACGUCAUUCUCAGUGAGAUCAACCCAGCUGACUCCUCCUCGUCCUCGUCCUCCUCCUCUUCGUCCUCCUCCUCCUCCUCCUCUUCCUCCUCUCACCCCCCUGCGGUAAGGCCAAUGGGACUGCAGAACUCUGAAGAGAACGCCAGGAUCUCCAUCACCUUCUUCCGGCUGUUCCGCGUGAUGAGGCUGGUGAAGCUGCUGUCUCGCGGGGAAGGGAUUCGGACCCUGCUGUGGACCUUCAUCAAAUCCUUCCAAGCACUGCCCUACGUAGCUCUGCUUAUAGUGAUGCUAUUCUUCAUAUACGCUGUCAUCGGCAUGCAGAUGUUUGGUAAAAUAGCGCUGCGGGACCACACGCAGAUCAACAGGAACAACAAUUUCCAGACGUUCCCUCAGGCAGUUCUGCUGCUCUUCAGAUGUGCAACAGGUGAGGCAUGGCAGGAGAUCAUGCUGGCAUGCUCGCCCAACAAGCCGUGUGAGAAAGGAUCGACCAAUGAGAACAACUCGGCCAAUGAGGACUGUGGCAGCCAGUUUGCCAUCAUUUACUUUGUCAGCUUCUACAUGCUCUGUGCCUUUCUGAUCAUCAACCUGUUUGUGGCUGUCAUUAUGGACAACUUUGACUACUUGACGCGUGAUUGGUCGAUCCUGGGGCCACAUCAUCUUGAUGAAUUCAAGAGGAUCUGGGCUGAAUAUGACCCAGAAGCUAAGGGGAGGAUAAAGCACCUGGAUGUGGUGACUCUGCUGCGGAGAAUCCAGCCUCCCCUAGGCUUUGGAAAGCUCUGUCCACACAGGGUGGCCUGCAAGCGUCUGGUGUCAAUGAACAUGCCUCUGAACAGCGAUGGAACGGUGAUGUUUAACGCCACACUGUUUGCUCUGGUCAGAACCGCACUCAGGAUCAAGACAGAAGGUAACCUGGAGCAGGCCAAUGAGGAACUAAGGGCAAUAGUGAAGAAGAUCUGGAAGAGAACCAGCAUGAAGCUCUUGGAUCAAGUAGUGCCCCCUGCUGGUGAUGAUGAGGUAACAGUCGGGAAGUUCUACGCUACCUUCCUCAUCCAGGAAUAUUUCCGCAAGUUUAAGAAGAGGAAAGAACAAGGGCUGGUGGCCAAGGUGGCCCCCAAAACUGCCCUCUCUCUGCAGGCUGGCCUGCGGACAUUGCAUGACAUUGGUCCAGAGAUUCGGAGGGCCAUCUCUGGAGACCUGACCGUGGAGGAGGAGCUGGAUAAAGGCUUGAAGGAGCCUGUGUCAGCUGCGUCCGAGGACGAUAUCUUCAGGCGUACUGGUGGGUUGUUCAGCAACCACGUCAACUACUACAACCAGAGCGAUGGCCGCAGUUCCUUCCCGCAGUCCUUCACUACCCAGCGUCCCUUGCACAUCAGCCAGAAGGGCUCCCCUUGCGAAGGCGAGAGCCCGUCCCAUGAGAAGCUCAUGGACUCUACCACUUUCACCCCUUCCUCUUACUCUUCAUCAGGCUCCAACGCCAACAUCAACAAUGCCAACAACACUGGCAUGGCUGGGGUGACGACCCAGGGAAUCAGUCGAUUCCCAAGCCCGUCCAUAAGCACUGUGGACGGGCACACAGGACAGCCGCUCACUCCCAUCCUGCUGCCAAGAUCCGCGUGGUGCUUUCCUCCAAAGAGGACGUGUUUUUAUGACACCCUCAUGCGCUCGGACUCAAGUGACAGCCGUCUACCAAUCAUCCGGAGAGGCGAGGGGUCAACGGAGGAGACGUAUGAUGAGAGCUACGGCGACGACAGGGAGUACCACGAGGACGACCACUCGCUCUCCUCUGACAUGCUGGUGUAUCAUGAUGACACAUGUAAGCAGUUGACUCCCAUGGAGGAAGGAGAGGAGGUAGAGGACAGAAGAGGAGGAGGAUGGCAGUCUCCCAGGAGAGUCUUCCUCUGUCCCACUUCUCUGGGGCGGAGAUCAUCCUUCCAUCUCGAGUGUCUCAGAAGACAGUCAAGGCCAGACGUCUCCCAGAAGACGGCUGUACCUCUACACCUUGUACAUCAUCAGGCUCUUGCAGUCGCAGGGUUGAGUCCUCUGUUAAGAAGGAGUCACUCACCUACCCUGUUCAGCCGGCUGUGCUCCACGCCUCCAGCCAGUCCCACAGCCCAUGGCAGUGAUGCCUCCUACCAGCGAGUGCCCUCUCUGAGGCUAGAGGGCUCCAACUCCCAUGAAAAGCUCAAUACCAGCUUGCCCUCUGUCAACUGUGGGCCCUGGUACAGCGACAGUAAUGGGAAUAGCCGGGUGCCCAGUCCUAGCCCCAGCGUGUCCAAUCAAAGACCACCACGGCCGGUGUCGCUCACAGUGCCCUCGCUACUGGGAAAAGACUCCAGCUCACUGUCUCACGGCAGCGCAGGCAGUCUGGUGGAGGCGGUGCUAAUAUCAGAGGGUUUGGGUCAUUUCGCCCAGGACCCCUCGUUCAUUGAGGUGACCAAAGCCGAGUUGGCUGAUGCCUGUGACAUGACCAUCGAGGAGAUGGAGCACGCCGCCAACAACAUUCUCAACGGCAACGCGGCCACGAAAGCCACAUCUAGCACCUCUUCCACCUCCCAGCACAGCCCCAACGGCACCCUCCUCCCCUUCCCCACAGCAGCAGCAGCAACGCACAGGGACCAAGUGGUCAGCGAGGGCGGGGAAGAGGCCGGAGGAAGCAGAGGCUCCGUCCAUGGGCCGUCCUCAGUGGAGGAGCGGCAGGAGCUGCUAGCAGGGGGGAGGGGACGAGAAGAGGAGGAGGAAGAGGCGGAAGGGAAGGAGGAGGAGCACCACAGAAGUUCGGUUGUGAUUGGAGGAGCACGGCAGAGGAACAGCGGGCUGUUGGAGGACGAGGAUAUGGAGUGUGUGACGAGUUUGUAGGAGUCGGCUUGACGGGUUCGAUCGGCCGACUGGCCCCUCUGACAUCAUCAGAGACUGACGCUUGUCAGUGCUGGGUAACAGCGCCGCAGCUGGCUCUGUCUGUCCCCGCCCCUCACACACACACAGACACACACACACACACACACACACACACACACACACACUGUCUGCCUCUCUGCCAGACAUAACCGCUCUGGACACUGGCGGCCAGUGACGCAACCUUAAACACCUGGUUAUGACUAUGUUUGUUUAUAUGAGUUUGUAUGUGUGUGAAUAUUUGUAGUAAAGUAUACCACACUAUACUCUAUACUAUCUGAGUGUAUGCUUGUGUGUGUGCGUGUGAUCUAUGAUUUUCUCUAUUUGUACGUGUACGUGAGUGCGUGUGUUCUCCACACGUGUCUGAGUGUGUCUCUAAAGUGCCUCACAGUUUUAUCAUGUCCUCAAAGUGUGAAGAGCUGAAAAGUAGAGACAAGCAAAAAAAAGUGAGGGGAAAGUAGGAAUGGAGGAACUGUAGAAAGGAAACAACAGAAGCAGGAAGUCCUUUUAUGGAUUUCCUGCAGUCGACAUAGUGUGUUUAUUGUUUUCAUUUCCUCUGCCUACUUUGGUGUUGUGUUAUUGUUGUUUGUCUGGCCGCCAUGAAGCCAGGUAGGGGACAGCAGACCAGCUUGUGGAGGGGGUCAGUUAAGGAUUCAAAUCUGACCACACCCACUUGAGGUCAAAGGUCAACUCCUCCUUCUUGGUUCACUGAUGAUGAAGCGCUGUAUUGAGUAAACGGGGGCAAGGAAAACCCUGUUUGAAAUCUCAUUUCUCUUCCUCUUCCAAAGCUAAGGAACCUUGGAGCACAGCCCUGCCAGCCUGGGGGUCGGAUUAAGGUGAACCGCCACCCCCAGCCAAAGGGGGGGAAGGAUUUGAGGGAUGGACCAACAGCCACAACAGGCCUGCUGUAGGGGGCCACGGGCAGAGAGAGACACUCUCUGGCCCACAGGAAGCUAGCCAGCUCUUUUAUCCGCUGGUUAAUAAGAUGCCAGCGAGAGACAAACUCGCCUCGUCACCUUGAUCUGGCUUCGCCUCCUCUGCCGCUUUUCCUCUUUUGGCCACACCCACUUCCUGCCCCAAACAGGAAAUGGGAGGAGCAUUUGGUGGCUAAGCAGAGACAGCGAGCCCCCCUUUUCUGCCUCAUACCUCGCCGUUCCUCACUCCUCCCUCUCUCCUUCCUCCCUCCUCUUUGGUUAUUCCACCAUCCGUCUCCCUCCAUCGCUGGGUUUUUGCUUUUUCAGCCCUCGGGAGGUGAGUGUGUCGAACAGGGCAACAGAGAUGGAGGGUGGAGGAGAGAACGGGAGUGACCGAUUGAAAUGAAAACAGACUCUGGGCAUGGAUCUACAGAGGAUCUGUCCGUCAAUCAACCUCACUUCCUUCUCCAAAACCCUCCUCUUCCUCUCAGCGUGGAAUCCUAUUGGAUUUGCUGCCACACACUCUCUCUACAGACCACGCCCACUAUGUAUUUAACAGUUCAAUAUUGUGCAAAACUGGCUAGCCAUGACUAUUUUGUUUUAUAUUCAUGAUGUUAUUGGUUUAAUUUAUCCUUGAUUUGUUUGCACAAUCGGGGUGCUGGUCUUAUAAAUGUAUUUUUGCUCGGUUUAUUUUAGGAGAAUUUUAAGAGGUUUUAAGUAUCGAAGCAGGGCGUAGUGUUUGCGUGCGAGUGUAUAACUAUAUUUGUGCGUGCGGGUGUGUGUCUGCGUUUUAGUACAGGAUGUAUGUGUGUACGAAUGUGUGAGAUAGUGUGUAUCUAAAAGGGGGGUCUUUCUCUCUAUCAGUAUGCACCUUUUACAGAUUGUAUCUAUUUAUUUAUUUAUUUUUCCCAGAAGAGAAAAAAAUGCGUGUGAGGAUGUACGUUUGUAUGUGCGUGCGUGCCUGUGUUCGAGUGGUUACUUAUGUAUCCUAAAAAGCUUAUUUUAAGCCUAGACAGUAAAUUAAGGUAGCAUUACAAGUAUGGUAUUGUUUGUGUGUGUGUGUGUGUGUGUGUGUGUGUGUGUGUGUGUGUGUGUGUGUGUGUGUGUGUGUGUGCGUGCGUGUGCGUGCGUGUAAGGGUGUGUGUGUGCGUGUGUGUGUGUGUGUGUGUGUGUGAUAAUGGGCCUCCUUAACACAGGGUUACCAUGGACAGGCAUGCUUCCAAAGCUUUGUGAUUUCUUUAGCACGGUUUUUACUUUUUAGCCAAGCUGCAGAGUCAGAAGCCACUCUAUCUUUAAAAAAUUAGUCAUCACAUCAUUUUCCUUUAAUUUUUCUGUUUAGAGGUAGUUAGGCGUAAGGUCUCCAGCGAGGUCAGAGUGACGGUUACGUUUACAGCGGUGAUGAGUUUCGGCAUUGCAGCUUGGCCAGAAGGUAAUGAGCCUUUUGGCAAUUGCUGCUUUUCUUCUUUAUGGUGGAUGGUUGCUCUGAAUGGUAGAAGCACCAAAUUCAUACUGCCACAGUGACGCCUCGUGAAUGAACUGGGGGGGUGGAUGACGCUCUGAUCGCUCGGCUGUAACACACCGUAAUCACAUGAGUUCACCAUUUAAUCGUAGUUUAAACUCCAAAUGAACUAUUAGGGCUGGUGUACAGAUGCUGCAAGACUUCAGGUCUGCUCAUAUCACAAAACCUUAUGAUUUAUUGUCAUUGUUAGAAAUAAAACAGUUCCUUGUCUGUAAUAUCAUUUACUGGUAAAAAAUUAAGUACUGAAAAAAUUAUACUACAAAUUUACUGGUAAUUGAUAAGAUGUGAUAAUUGGUUGGUUACCGUGAUACAUUAUUGGAUACGGAUCAGAAAACUGUCAGUUUGGAGGGAAGUUGCAUCCUGGAUGAUCCCCUGGUGUAAUUUUUGUCUUUUAAUUUUUUUGUAACAGAUUUUAGGUAGCAUGCUGACAACUUUUUAUUGAACUUUCUCUAUUAUGGCACAGGUAUGGACCUCAGGCCUCAGUACAUUACACAGGGCACAGGUCUUUCUUUGCUAUUGUAUCUUCUCCAAAAAAAAAAAAAACAUUCCUAAUGUCAGUAUCACAUCCUUGGUACCAACUGUCACAUUCAUUAAACUACUUCAUAGUAUUUAAAGCUGAAUGAUUCAGCUUUCUGAAAUGUUAAGUUACAAGUUAUACUAACCACUCAAAAUUUGGAAGAUAAUUGUUGUUACCACCACAAUCCGGACGCAAACUCAGCUAGACAUUAGGAUAGUAAUGAAAGUCUUAUCUUACCAAACCAGUGCUAACAUGCAUAUCCAUCUAAUAAUUUUAUGUUAAGGUUAUAGCAUUAAAAACGGCACUUUUGAACUCUUCUAUUAGCUCUAACAAAUCCAAAUAUGUUGAAGUAGCCUAGGACAAUUCAAGAAAUACAUUUAAAAUAUAUAUUCUAUAAUUUAUUUCUAAAAAUGUCAUGUUGAAAAGACACUGAAGUCCUACCCAGAGACACUAUUACAUCGACUUAUAGCCAUUAGUUUUCACUUUAAUUUCCCAUUAAGGACUACCUGCUGAGCUCUCAUUCCUACAUGUUAAGCAGAGCAGGUUUGUGGCAGGGAAGGGUAUGCAUGAACACACUGCCAUACACUGCAUCCUGUGCCAGUAACAGACUUCUGACAUUAUUAUGCAAACUAAAUGUGAAUGUUGAACGUGUUUUUAGCGGCAGUGCUGUUGUUGUUUUGUGGUUAUGAUCAUACUGCGAACCCUGAAGAAGUCUGUGUUGUCAAAGGAAAUACCCUCCCUGACAUUUAAUCUGUUGUUGUUGUUGUUGUUGUUUUUUCAUAUCCAGGAUCCUUUGGCUUUGUGAAAUAUCUCUCCAUCAUUUCUUUCUUUCCUUCAGUUUUUCUAAAAGCACCUCACUAAAAUAGUUCUUUAUCGAAUUAACUUGGUAUCAUAAGCUAAUAAGCUACUUUGCGGAUAGUGGCUCAGUUUCAGUAUAAGCUGGGUUGGUUUUUUUUGGUCAAACUUUAAGUCUAAAAAGUUAGGAAGGCAGAUUUAGGUAUGGUCAAGCAUAUUAGUGUGUGCAAGGAAGCAUCUGGGUUCAGUGUUUGAACUUUAAAGUUCACACAGUCUCACUUUGUGCUUGGCUUUUUGUUUCCACAUUUGGGUUAGAUCAGCCCUGGCAAAGUUAAUUUAACCCUGAAUUAAAAUGAGUUCUCCUCCUGGUUAUUUAUGCUAAUUUACCUGAUAAACCAAUGGCUUAUUAGGUCUAAAUCAUCAAUAAUAAAUGUAACCAGCAGGCACCUGAAGUGUAAAGUAGUAGAUUUUGUAUCCAAGCUGCUACAGAGGAGCAAGCGUGUCUGCUUUCUAACAACAAUUUUAUCAGCCAAUAUUGCAACAGCUAUGAAUGUCUCUCUCUCAAGACAGUUUUGAUAAGACACCAUGUAAUGACCAUGUCACUUUAACGAAUCAAUGAAUUAUCCAAUACAGAACCGUUGUCAGACCUCACCAGGUUGAAAUUAGGAUGGGAAUGUUUCCACAAGCCUGUAUAUUUAGUUUUAUCAUUUACAACCAUAGCCUUAAGAUGAAUAAUCCUAAAUACAUUCAUACAUGUUCAGCAUCACCUCCAGCUUUGAGGAUAAAAGAUCAUAUAUCAUCCAUACAUGCACAUAGAAACUACAUUCACUUCAAAUCCUUUUACUUUUGUGUUCCUAAUAAAUCUUCAUUUACAUACUAUAGAAACAAAUUCUUCUAUAGAGUAACCCUGCAUAUCAUACGUGCCAGACCAGGCUUCGUUGUGUCUGUUUAAAGGCUCUUUGGGUUCAAAUGUAGGUGAGAGAGAUUCAGAGGCCUGUGGUGCCCCCGUGUGGAGUGGAGCAGCAUUCCAGUUUUAUGUUCUGUAUAGGUUAGCAUGAACUAUGAGGUGUUGUGUUGCAGUAUAUGGUAUGAGUGGGUGUAAUCCUGCAUCCCACAAGAUAUGCAAAAACAAUGCAAUAACUAUGACUGUAUACAAGGUUCCCGAAGUAAAUAUACUUGUGAAAGUGAAAAAAAAAUCAAGAUCAUGACAAUGUUUUUUUUUUUUCUUCCGUUUGUUACAUUUUUAAGUAAACUCAGUGGUUUCCAUGCCAGAGAAACCUAACAUACUUGAAAUCAGGUACAUUGCAGUGCAGUAUAGUAAAGAUGUAUUUAUUUAUCUUUCUCGUGCCAGGGUGUUGGAUCUGCAUCUGCAGUCAAAAAUGUGUGUUGAUACAGUGACGUGAAAUUGGUGUUUUUGCUUGUGGUUUGACAUCCAUGACAUCAACAGAGACCUGGAAUGAACAGCUGAACAUUUAUUUUGAUGAUUCAGCAGCAAAAACAACUCACUUCACCUCCCUGACUCAAUAUGUUUUUGAUUGUAUCCUUUUUCUCUCGUUUGAUUCCAGUUAGUUUUUAAAUGGAUUGAGCUACAUGGGUGUACCAUCAGUAUUGCAUGAGGUUCACAUGUUGACAUUGAGCGUGCCAGGUUUUGCAGUCGUUUUGUUUCUAUCAGGUUAAGUAUCAUAUCACAUUAUGACAGAGUAGCUAUUUCUAUUUAGUGUACAUAUGAUUAAAGUCAGUAUUUCUUCUUUAGAUAAACAUCUGACUGUGGACAGCAGUGGAGGGGUAUUUGGAAGGUGAUUUUGCAUAUCUUGUGUCUUAUGGGCUCUUCUGAUUCUUAUGCUUGAGAUGGACAGAGCUCGUGUUUAUAUGAUUGUUGAGGAAUUGAGAGAAAAAGCAAACUGAAGUAUUUUUACUCCCCAGCUUAGACAGGCGUCGCUACUUAUUUACCUACGUUUUUCCAGAGUCUCUGUCUUCAGCUUCUAUCUUUUUACUCGUCUGACAUGUGGAAGAUGGACAGGUGGGAAUAAUCUUUAUGAAAUGGACAAAAUCAUUACCCAUAAUUAGUUUCUUUUACAAAAAAAAAUAUUGGUGGAUAAUAUUAGAACACAGGCAGCAUACACAUGUUAUUGCUUACUUGCUAUAUUCAAGCACAAAGUGAACAAUACAUGAAGACAAAACUUUAAAUCCACAGGUUAACCUGAAGCUGUUUCCCAAUUCUAUACCACAAUAAUUCACAAAGGAAAUGUAGAAAUGAAAGGGGUCUGUCCUAGCAGUUUUUAGUGUUGGCAUUGAAUAAAAUUGGGGGAAUCAUAAUAAAAGAAGAGUAGAAAUUGAUCCUCCAGAGUCACAGAAGACAUUAUACAUCUCUUUUUACAGGUUUAUAACAAGUUAACGGGCAUUGUGUAUGUGUGUCCCUUUAAAAAACUAAUUACAGAUGGCAGUACGACAGUUCCAGAAAGUUUACAAAUAAAAUACUCUCUUCUAUUAUUUUGAAGACAUUAGACAGCCGUGUAUUGCAUAAUUUCCUGUUAGUAUAAAAUGUUUAAAGUAUUAAAUAUGCUGAUUUCUUAUACCAACUGCAAACACAUACACAUGGGAUUUAGUAUACAGGUAGUGUGUAGUAUGGAAUUGGAACAGUCCUUUUCAACAGCUGCAAAUCACAUUGUCCACCCUGAGCCAGGUCUGUACGCUGUAGAUAGUUGUAGACUGCAGCUGUGCCUGCUGGAUGUCCACCUUCAGCUAGCUAGAGUACAACCACACCCCUCUGCCGUAAAGGGUGCACUUCAAAUUCAAGUGAUUUCUUCAAGCGAAAGCAAGGAUAGAGAGAAUAAAAGCCGGAUGACAAUCUAGUGUUGAUGGAUGAUGACAAUGGGAAGCAUUGAGGGUUUGGUCUGAGUAAGAAUAUUGGAUGAAGAGUAUUUUUUGGUUUUAUUUCAUCAUGUUUGAAUUUCAGGGUAGUCUUAAGUUCUGACAUGGUGAAUUAUAUAUCCAAGUAAUGUUUUAUGUGAUGUGCAUGGGUUUCUCUCUCUAGGGAUAUAAAGUAUUGGUCCUAUGUGAAUGAUAAUAUCUUUUGUCUCACCACUAGCCAAUGAUUGUAUAUUUUUAUAUACCGUAUACCAUACUAUAGCAAAGAUAUAUAUGAAUAUAUAAUAUUUAAUCACCAGAAUGUUAGAGUAAGGAAAGGGCAGGACACUUAUUUGGGAAUGUAGUUAUUGAAAUACUGGUUAUGAAAAUGUGUUAUAUAGGCCUACUGACUGUCAGUAUGAAUUUAUUGAACAAAGUCCCACUUUAUUGACUGUAUUUUUGACCAAAAGGAACCAGCAGGGAAUAAUGUAGUUAUAUUUACUGAAGAAGAAAUAUUGUAUGUUCAAGCUGAUGGCAUAUACACAAUGGGCUUGGAUGAUUCCCAGACGAUGUGGCGUUUCAGUCCUUACAAAUAUGACUCUAUUUAAAUAUGAUUAGCUGCAGAACACACACAACAGAAAGGCUACUUCACAAUUUGAAUCUUCUUAAAUACAGGUAAGUAAAUCCAUUACCAGUGCUGUGGCUGUGGAGGCUCUUUGUUCAGCUUUUGAGGACACUAAAGUAUAGAAAUUAAUGCUGCCAAACAAUUUGACACCUACUUUAAGCUAAAAUGCAUUUGCUUAUGUGUUUGUUUGUUUUGCGUGAAGUGUUCUGAAAGACAUUAACCAACCAGCAACCUGUCAGUGCAGGUCAAAGUCUGGACAUUUUUCCUGCUGUAGCACCGAGAGAUCCUUCUCUCUUUCACUAGUCCUACAUCAGCGACACACACACACACACACACAUAUAUACACUGUAAACUCAAAUGCUUUUUUUAAGCUAUUAAAGACAUCUAACCAAAAAAAAUCCGCCAAUUAAGGACUAGAUCUCUCUAUGCUUUAAGCCAUUACAAUCAUGUAGCUUCAAUUUGUUUUCUUCCAAGGAAGAAAAUUAGGAGACUUGGACUACAUCUGAACGCAGACAGGGAAGUUCAGCAGCUGACCAACUUAAUAAUUUUGUGUGUUUAUGCAGCAGAGUAAAAUGACUUGUUGGAUUUAGGCUGGAAGAGAAAACACUUUGUUUACGUGGAAGAGCUGCUAUAUAUGUGAAUAUAGUUAAAGCUGCUCAGUUUUAAGAAAAGAUGUCAUCCAACAUGUUUUAACAAAAAUAGUAUUUUACACACAUAUACCAUUUAAAAAAGAAUUAGAGUUGUGUGUUAAUCCUAAACUAUACACAGACGUGUGUUACGUAUCAGAGAGAGCGAGGCUGGAAAGCAGGAGUCGUGUUAUUUCUCCCGUCUUGGUCAUUCAGAUUUCCUCAUGUGGAUCUACCUUCAGAUAUAUUUUCUAGUAAACAGAAGUGUUUGUUGAUCAUUGUUUGAUCCAGACAAAACUAUUUUAAGAGGACUAUUUUGAAUAUAGAUUUUUAUUUUCCUUUUUUUCCCAGGUAAAAAUCAGCAUAGCCUGUUGUAGGAGUCUAAUUUAUCAAAUUAAAUCCAAUUAAAAUAUGAAUUCCCUUCUCUAGAGAAACAAGAGAGGAUUGUCUCUUUGUUUGUCUGUUGUACAAAUGUUAUUUUGACACCAAUGCUGAUGAACGCUUUAGGAAAUGGAACAGAAAGUGAAAGAAGGAAUAUAUUAUAAAAUACAAGUUAGUGCAAGUGUCUUCUAUUUUAGAUAUAUAUAUAUAUAUAUAUAUAGAAAACAAUAUCUGAAUUAUAAAAUAUUGAAUGAAAGAAAUCAAAUUGAAGGAAAAUGCCCACUGUUAAACUCAACAUACUGGCAUUUUCUAUAUACCGGACUGACAGGACAAAUGUUUUAAUGGCUUUACCAUCAGCUGAAUGUUUGCUUUUACAAAUCAUUAUCGAUAAGUUUCCUUUGUGUGAAAAUUAGUCUUUGUCUCUUUGUUGCCAGUGCAAAAGUAGGAUUAUAGGGAGAAACAAAAUACAUGCAAUGGAAUUACACAUUAUAUCGGUACGUAUUUAGACAUCUGAAGGACUAAUUAUAAUCUUGAUUAACUGUCAAGAAAUUAGGCACCAGGCUGGGAGGUUAUGUUAAUAAGGACUUUUUGUGUGCACACAUUCAAUUUACUGCUUGCAAAAUUUUAAUAAAUUUGUAAUAAUUCAUUUUGGAGGAAAACUUAUUCUGGUGUCAGAAAGUUUUGAAAUCAUAAUCAGUAUUGAAAAAAUCUUAACCCUCUGCUGCACUGGCUCAUAGUGACACUCAAACACUCACAGACGCAUGUGGUGAGGAACAAAAAAUAUGAAUUAUUUACAACCCUCUUCCUUUUUCCCGGGGCUGGAGAGCCCUAACCAUUAGCCAAAUAAAUAAUAUUUGCUUGUCCGAUAGAUGUAGAGAUAACAUAGGAUAGUUAAGAUAUAACUUACCCAUUGUGUAGCAGCACCUACAGCAGCACCCAUAUGUGAACAUUUAGGAUGACUGUUAGUAUUGUAAGGACCUCGAAAGCCUUGUGUUUAUCACUCAUUCCUUCUCUUACUGUUAUUUGUACACUUAAAUUAAUAAUAGAUCAUAAAGGUGAUCCCUGUUUGCACAUGUUGGAGUAUCUGACACAGAGAUUGCUCUUUGUGUUUCACUUUUUUUGGAGAACGCUGCACCCACAGCCUAUUGAUUGAGGAGAGGAGUUUUCUGUACCAGCUAGUGUUUCUAACAGUGACUUUCUUCAGGAUAUUACUUCAGCUAACAACUCUCAGCUCUAGAGGUGUGGCAGCAGCUUUACGGUGCAGUGAAACCAUAAAUGGUUCUGCACCUGCUACUUCUCUCUCUUAUUUCACUGAUAAGAGCUACUUAAUGUUGCACCAUGAAUGAUAAUGAUUUCAUCCCUUGAAUGUAGGACGCAGUGAUGCUCAUACAUAUCUGAAAAAGCCACAUUUAGUGUUUGAAAGUUGGAUUUCGGUUACUGGUUUAUGUUUGGAUAUAUUCCUUUUUUUAGAAGCCCUUAAUGGAAGAAAGUAUUGGAAGUUUCAGCCAUCUGCCUCAGUUUUGAUCACCACAGACAUAAAAGAUCUGAUUUGACCUCUGCGCAGACACAUAGGAUCGCUCCAAACCUUGAUUCCAAGUGGUUUCGUCUCGCUAAGAAAGACACAUUUAACCACAAAAGAGUUAGAAACAAACAGGUCUUGUAUGCCUGUGUGUGUAAAAGCAGCUUUAAUGAAUGACUUGGCCCAUCUGAGAGCAUCGGCAGUGUCGUGUACAUUAUCAGUGUUUUCUUCUGUGAGCUAUUUCUUGCUGGUGUGGAAACGCCUCUUUAACAGCAUGCAGGCGUUAACAAAAAUCUUUUUACCCAGGCCUUUUGCCAGCCUGACGAUAUCAAUGGCAGGGGAUCCACGGCUCCAUAUACAGUAGUGUUCAACGAAAAGCUUUUCUGUUCCUUAUUUACUGGGUAAAUGCCAGCAGGGCUGUGCAGCUCUGUUCUCCACUGGUCAGUAGUGUCUUAUGAUCUUGUUCAUAGUCUUAGUUCACUACUCAUGCAAAGUGUUAAAGGGCCUAUGACAGGAUUGAGCUGUUUGUUUGUUUUUGUUUGUCGGAGAGAAAUCUGUUGUUAAUCCUCGAGUUUAUUUUGUACGGAGAGAGGUGUUCACACAGAGACCAAUUUGUUGUAAUAUUAGUAGUGACGCUACUGUUAAAUGUAGUAUUUAAUAACAGCACUAUUUAUGGUCAAAAAAAUGAACUAGAGUGUGUUAUUGUACUUGCGGUAGCUUUGGAGGCAGGUGGCCAUUUUGUAUCUGAGUUCUUUUAACAUCCAUGCGAGGGAUUUCAUUGGUUCUGAGGUUGCUAAGUGACACUGGCCCAACAUCAUUUGGUUUCCUCAGUUACCAUUCGUCUCCCCGGUGACGACUGCAUGGUCUCACAGUGGACACACCCUUUUUUCUUCUUCUUCUGCUUCUCUUUCUUUUUUCUAAAGGAGAGUUCUUGAUUUUUUUUUCAUUCAUUUCAUUUUAGAUUUUAGAAAGGGAAAGAAUACAAAUCAAAUGAAUCAGAAUAUUAAUUCAAUCACUUUUUCUACUCCUAUUUUCAAUAAAAAGUGAAACGAAAAACCAAACAAAAAGUUGAUUUGUAAAUAAGUAAUGUACAGUUUGUAUCUGUAACUUGUCAGUCUGUCAUUGGUGACAGAGUCUGUCUUGCUUAUAACGCACGCUACCAGUAAAUAAAAAAAGGAAAAAGUAUAUUUAGACUGUAUGGUCCCUUGAAAGCAAGUUUUAAAUUAAUAUCUGAUGUAUAUUCCUGUAACAUUGCAUUUUUAUCUGAGGAAUGAUGUUAUUAAAAAAUUGCAAAUAAAUUGCAUUUCCUACA